GGCAAAGACCCGCUUCUGUCGCAAGUUGAACGACUAACAGUCGAUGCCGCGCAAGGUAUAGAGCGACAAGUCGUCAUCUUUUGCAACUUAGCUCCACCGGGUGGGAUUACUGGGCACGGCAGUGACAAGAGGCGACAGAACGUUGCACUUUCGAGAGGUUCGUCUUUAUCUGUUAUCUUACAAAACGAGCGAUCAGUACAGAAAAAGCCGCUAUUUGUAAAUCUUUCAGAAGCUUCUCCUGUAGUUGACUUGGCAGAGCUUAAGAUGACGCACACCACCAAAGAGACCACCACCGAAGAGACGCGUCCUAUAGCUUCGAUAGUGAUCCCUUUAGUAGAGCUCAUCGACGCUACUUCUGG